AAGGAAACGUUUAGUACAGCCAGCAGUCCUGCGAUGGGGCUGCUCCUGCCCUAGCUAGCAGCACUACCCAGGCUUCUCUGAAGACUUGGAGCAAGGCCCGCUGAGGCUCAGAGAAUAUACUUCCAGAUUCUUUGGAUUUGUUUUUUUUGACAGUCAUCCUUACUCUUCCUCAAGAUGACAAACAGUUCUACCUUCUGUCCAGUUUACACAGACCUGGAGCCAUUCACGUAUUUUUUUUAUUUAGUUUUCCUUGUUGGAAUUAUUGGAAGCUGUUUCGCAACCUGGGCUUUCAUACAGAACAACACAAACCACAGGUGUGUAAGCAUAUACUUACUUAAUUUGCUCACAGCUGACUUCCUGCUGACUCUGGCGUUACCAGUGAAAAUAGCUGUCGACUUGGGUGUGGCACCCUGGAAGCUAAGAAUAUUCCACUGCCAAGUAACAGCCUGCCUUAUCUACAUUAAUAUGUACUUAUCAAUUAUAUUCCUGGCAUUUGUUAGCAUUGAUCGCUGUCUUCAGUUGACACACAGCUUCAAGAUUUAUCGAAUACAAGAACCUGGAUUUGCCAAAAUGAUAUCGACCGUUGUGUGGCUCAUGGUCCUCCUUAUCAUGGUGCCAAAUAUGGUAAUUCCUAUCAAAGACAUCAAGGAAAAGCCCAACGUGGGUUGCAUGGAAUUCAAAAAAGAGUUUGGAAGAAACUGGCAUCUGCUGACAAAUUUCAUAUGCAUAGCAAUAUUUUUAAACUUCUCAGCCAUCAUCUUAAUAUCUAACUGCCUUGUAAUUCGACAACUCUGCAGAAACAAAGACAAUGAAAAUUAUCCAAACGUGAAAAGAGCUCUCAUCAGUAUACUUUUAGUGACCGCAGGCUACAUCGUAUGUUUUGUUCCUUAUCACAUUGUCCGAAUCCCAUACACCCUCAGCCAGACAACAGAGGUCAUAUCUGACUGCCCUACCAGGAUUUCACUCUUCAAAGCCAAAGAGGCCACACUGCUCCUGGCCGUGUCCAACCUGUGCUUCGAUCCGAUCCUGUACUAUCAUCUCUCAAAAGCUUUCCGCUUAAAGGUCACUGAGACUUUUGCUUCAAGUAAGGAGACCAAAGCUCAGAAAGAAAAAUCAAGCUGUGAAAGCAAUGCAUAAAAUACGGCAUUUUUCAUGCUAUCAUUUCUUGCCUUAUUGGGCAAUUAAGUACCAAACUACUAGGAAGGAAGGGGAAAAAAGAGCCUCAGUAAUUACGUAAAAAUACAGGGGGCUAGCAAAUGUGGCUUGGUUUACUGAGCAGCCUUGUUUCUAAAUGCAAGCCAUUUGCGUAGAGUACUCUUGUUGACUCUCCUUAACCCAAAUGUUUGUACAAAAAACUAAUAAAUCUUGUUGAACCAGUACAAAACCUUGCAAUAGCCUUGAAAUCUAAAAUUAGUUCUAGGACGCAGUCUUAGAGGUACUCAUGAGGCAUAAUUCAUUUAAAGGCCUGGAACUGACUUUUUGAUAGAAAUAUGCAAAAUAAUCUCUAUAUAAGUUGCCAGAACGCCCUUCAGCAACAUAACUUAGAGCCCUUUAGAUAGCUUUAAAAAAAAAAAAAAUCCAGCCGAUUUUUUUUACAUGAAACCACUUGUGCCUGAUUUAUUUUUAAUCCAUCACUUAAAAAGAUGGUAACCUUUUAGCUCACUACUCCAAUUUUCAACAUCUAAUUGUUUCCUAACCCAAUAGCUAAAAAUUUUUACUUCUAAAAAGGCCUGAAAAUACAUAGUUUUUAAUGUACUGUAUAUAUCCUCAUAUUCUACCUGGGGGUUAUAAAUAAAGAUUUUCUACUGUCAGUAAUGACAAA